CCCUGGCUGCGUGUGUGUUUUUCGAUUUACUAUGGCGUGCCCGUUCAUAGACGACGUAAUGGACGAAGAAGCACUAAUACUAAGAAGAGCUUUCCGACGAGAAAGAUUUUUUCGGGACCGGUCGGACCCUUUGGCUUUUGACGACAGCCAUCUGUAUGAGCGAUACAGAUUUUGUGGCGAUGGCAUAUGCUAUCUGUGCAGACUGCUGGGUCCGAAAAUUCAGCACCGCACAUCUCGGAGCCAUGCCCUCACCAUCCCACAGACGGUGUGUAUAGGGCUACGGUUCUUUGCCAGUGGCAUAUUUUUAUAUGCAGUUGGAGAUGCCGAAAAUUUGAGCAAAGCCACAGUUUGCCGUUCAAUCAGACAAAUGUAUUUAGUGCUUAAAGGAUUCCUGAACAUCUUCAUCACCUUUCCUGGACACAAACGAACAUGCUUCAUUAAGGAGGAAUUCUACAAAAUUGCAGGUGGGCCUAACAUGAAUUACAGAUUACAGAAUCGUGUUACUUUCACAGUAGGCCAUUACUCAUUAUUUUGUGUUACAGGUUUCCCUAAUGUGAUAGGUGCAAUGGACUGCACUCACAUUAGAAUAAAACGCCCCUCAGGUGUUCAUGAGGGAGACUUUGUGAAUAGAAAAUCCUACCACAGUAUCAAUGUUCAGAUGAUCUGUGAUGCUGACUGCACUUUCAGCAAUGUAGAGGCAAAGUGGCCUGGCUCGGUCCAUGACUCCAGAGUCUUUAGGGCCUCUACAAUUUUCCAGCGACUUUCACAAGGGGAAUAUGCUGGUGUUUUGCUUGGUGACAAGGGCUAUGCAUGUCAGCCAUUUCUUCUGACUCCAUUUGCAGACCCCCAGACAGCAGCACAGCACACCUAUAAUCUUGCCCAUGCAAGAUCAAGGGCCCGCAUCGAGAUGGCAUUUGGCCUUUUGAAGUCCCGUUUCCAGUGCCUUCACCACCUAAGAGUCACCCCAGAGAGGGCCUGUGACAUCACGGUUGCCUGCACUGCACUGCACAACAUUGCCUGCCUGAGGAAGGAAAGGGCUCCCAGAGUAGCCUUGGAUAUGGACUGGGACAAUGAAGCAAUAUUCCAAGACAAUGUCAAUGGCAGGCUGGUCAGAGACCAAUACGUUGCCAAUUACUUUUGAUUCCUGAGUUAUGUAUGUUUCAUUUGGCUUUUGAAGUGGACAUUUGUUUUGGUUUAAUUGUAUAGAGUAGGCCUAUAUACCAAGGAAAAGACACCACAAUGUUUUUUGACCUUUUUAUUUUGUAGAUGUCUCACUUGUCUGCUGCGAGCUUGGGGAAAGAACAAAAAAAGAUUAAUACAUUGUGUUGCUGUCAUUCUUAAAGUAUGCAUUUAAAUGAUCAUUUACUUCUCUCUCCAGUUUCUUGAUUUCCAAAUCCAGUUUCCUCAGGGUUUGUCUUUUGAUUUGCAUAUCAAGGUCCAUUUCCUGCAUUUUUCGUUUCUUUAACUGAAUUUUUAUCUCUGCCAAAUCUAUUUGUUUCUGUAGGUGUGUUGUGUACAGGGACCUGACUGUUUGGGAACUCUGUAGAACACAUAUCAGUUAUGACUUGGCUGCUGUGAGACUUUCUUAAAUACAGCAGGAAUUGUGCAUGGUGUGAAUUUGUUCUUCAGGGUAAUACUUACGAUGUUGGCAGGCUGAGUGUUGGCCUGCACAGUGUCUGGGUCCUAUUAAAAAUAUAUUUGCUAUGA